AUGCAGGUUUCUCGUCAGGUCUCCCAUGAGCCGGUGACAUCUGAGUCAUCAGUGGUGCAGCCUAUUAGCGCCAGACGGCGUCAUCGCCCUCCCCACAUGAUCGCCACCACUUCGUCCGCUGCUGCUGGUGCAUCAGAUUCACAACCAGCCAAGAGGAACACCCGGGGACCUUGUCGCCAGUUGAAGACGGCGAAGUCCACCCGGGUUCACAACAGUCGUGUCAACAUCGGAUACGACGAGCGACAUCGAGCUGCACCAACGGCUGACCAACAUAGCUCAUUGGCCCACGACAUUGGUCACGUCGUUCGGACCCAUUGUCCGAUGAAAUGGAAGUCUUGGAAGGUCAUGCCUGACGAGAUGCGGACGGUGGUGCGCGAACAUCUGUCGACGAACUACAAUUUAGAGAACCUCCCCGACGAGUCGUUGGCGUACGUCAACAGACUCUUUGGUGAGAGGUACAAGCAGUGGAAGAGCGAUCUGCACCAUCAUUUUAUGGCAUAUGAUGAUCCGCAGGUCGCUCUUCAGGAGGGUUGCCCGAAGGAGCUUGAGGGGCGGGAGGAUAGUUGGGAGUGGCUCUGCGGUCAUUUUCAAGAGUCCGAUUAUGUGAAGAAGGCGAAAGCAAAUAAGGGCAAUAGGGACAAGAAGACUCUUCUCCAUCAUUCCGGUUCCAGGCCCUUCUCAUAUAGGAUGGAAGCGCGGCGGCGGGGGGGGUCCAAAUUCCCGGAGAUCGACGUCUUUGGCGACGUUUAUGUUCGACCCGGGAAUGAGUUGGCGGAGUCCCUUCAUGUGAUGAUGACGGAGAAGAGCCAGUUGGUUCUUCAAGAGUCUGCCUCCCAGCUUCCUCCCGAUACUCCGCUCGAUGUUGUGGAUCCUCCACAGGAUGCGGGGUUUCAGAUACUGACGGAGACCUUAGAUCAGACUCUCGGGAGGAGGCCAGGGACAUAUUGUCGAGGGAUGGGGAAUGCCAGACGGCGGGAAUCUAGAGCCCCUCCAUCGUCCCAAUCAGACACUGAAGUGAUUGCUUUGAAAGCUGAGGUGGCCGAGCUUAAGACCCAAAUGGCUUCCCAAAUGGCCUCGUAUAAUGCCCAGAUGUCACAGCUUAUAGAGUCCAUCUCUCGGUCCGGCAUUCCACUCCCGUCACAUUUUGGUUCCUCGUCGACCUCCGUGCCCCCUCAACCAGAGCAUGGCCACCACACUUCUGCCCAUGUCGAUGUCCAGACUUCCGAGCCGCAUUUGCAAGAUGACAACAUAGAUGUUACUACAUUUUUUAAUUAG